AUGAGCUGAAUACCUGCUGAGUCACUCUUGAGAAGAAACUCAAGUGAGAGGAGACUGCCAUGGCCCACAGGCUGUUUGAGGAGAAAUACCAUGCCUCGAUUUACCAAAAGUAUCGCCUAAUUCCACCUGAUAGAGUUACAAGGCUCAUUCUGGAGUACCUGAACAAAAAGAAAGGACCUCCUCAUGAGCUUGCUGUGGACCUGGGCUGUGGGACGGGACAGAACACUCGUCUGCUCGCUCCUCACUUCCAGAAAGUGGUGGGCAUUGAUAUCAGCGAGUGCCAGGUGGAGGAAGCCCGGGCAGUGCCAGGGUUUGCCAAUGUCACCUACAGGUCAGGUCCAGCUGAAGAGCUGCCGUUUCCUGAUGGCUCUGUGGAUUUACUGACUGCAGCAUCUGCAGCGCACUGGUUUGAUACUGAGCGUUUCCUGAAGGAGGCAGCACGCGUGUUGAAGCCUCAUGGCUGUAUGGCUCUUCUGGGCUACACUGACGAGUACAACCUGCAUUAUGGCUCCUGUGGUGACAAACUGAACAAUGUCUUUGCAGAGGUGAAGAAGGUUAUCAAACCGUAUGCUAGUCCUCAGUUGGCGGUGGCCGAAAGUAGAUUGCAGCCUUUAUUAGAUGCUAUACCCUUCCCUGACAAAGAGAGGAUUGAAAGAAUUCCACUGAAGAUGGAGAUGACGGUUGCAGGUGCCGUCGGCAUGGUGGAGUCUUACUCCUUUUGUCAGACCUACUUUAAGAAAGAUCCCCAAGCUGCAGCUGCUCUUUUAGAGUCAAUGAGGACACGGCUUCUAGAGGAAAUGGGCAUCUCAUCACCUGACACUAAGUUAGAGUUCACGACAGACUUCUAUUGUGUGCUGGCAUGCAAACCACAGUGAAGAGAACCACUCUGAAUUGAGGGAGGACUAACAAGAUGGUCGCAGGAUAUUUUUGAUGGCCAUUUCACAUUUGGUAUAAUCACAUUUGUGCACUAUUAAAUGAACCUGUCCUCAGUAGAACUCAACCUCAUCUAAAACAUAUUUGCACAGUAAAUAUUAGGAAAUAUUAAGAAUUGGAACACUUUCUGCCAAUUUUACAACUAUACUCUUGCUCUGAACAUUACAUUCAAAUGUUUAAUCUGAUUAAUUAUGCAAUACCAGAGAAUCAUGCCUAGAAGAGUGCUGCCAGAGGGUGAGAAACACUUGAUGUGAGGUGAACUGAAAUUUAUGUGCAAGUCAUAGCUUAUGGAUAUGGACAAAAUCUUGUAGCAUGAUAUGGAUAAUCUCAGAUCUUGAAAUGACAUCACACUAUUACAUUUUCUCUAAAGAUUUUUGAAGAAAAAAAUACAUAUACAAAAUAACUACAUGCAUUUAUGACUGCUUUUUGAUAAUUCUGUGAAAUACACACCAGUGAAACUCCUUUUUUUCUA